AUGGUUGGAGUCCCGGGCAAAUACAAAGGCUGCGAGACCUGCCGUCUGCGCCGAGUCAAGUGCGACAACACGCGCCCAUUCUGCCGGAAAUGCCUCGACGGUGGCAGGACCUGCGCCGGCUAUGAGCGCGAGACGGUCUUCAUCGUCGGGACCAUUGAGGACCAGGGCCGGUGCUCGUCGCACCCGCCGCGGGUGGUCAAGCCCAGGGAGGAAAAGGCGGCGAGAGCGACGGCGUCGGCGAGCUCGUCGAAAGCAGGGGCGGCCGAGGACCAGGAGGGACAGGACGAAGGGAAUUUGGAGCUCGUUCCGAGUCAACCGCUUUGCCCGGCAUGGGAUGACUUGGUGUCUGUUUUGUGCCUGGGGAAGACGUAUCGGUUGCAGGUUGCUGGGCUGUAUACGGAUUUGGAAAAGCACACUACCUCCCACCUCAGCAACCAACCUACUUGGCAAGAUUCGUCAGCCCAAACCAACACGAUCUGUCGGGUCGGACCAGAAGCCUUCCAAUCCUUUCCCGCCCACCACUUUUUCGUCCGCGUCUACCGCCCUAGCGCAAUAAUGACUGCCCUUCUAAACCGCACCCCAACUUACCUCUCGGAGCCACAAUGGCUCACAACGCCCUUCGAGGAACACCCCAAAUCGCCCCUCGACCACCUCCUCGACAGCCUGUCGGCCUUGCCCGCCCUGCUCGGCCAAGCGGACCGGGUCCUCUCGCAGCAACGCACCCUCGCCCGCCGGCUGAUGGCUCAGGAUCUGCUAAACAACUGCCUCGACCUCGAGCUGGACUUGGGCAGGUGGUACUCGACCACGACACAAACGCUGGGGGGCCAUCAGCCGCUGUUCUGGCUCGCGGAUCCAUCAGCGGCAGCAGCAGCAGCACCAGGGGAAGUAGUAACGGCCGUUUUUCCGGCCCCGCUCCUGUCCUUCCGCGCCGCCCGCGCCGCGCUGGCGAUGGGGUACUACUGGACCGCGCUGGUGGUGCUUUACCCGACGGCGUGGCGGCUGUACUUUGCGGCCGUGCUGGAUCCAGUUGUCGAUGUCGACCUCAACGUCGCCGGGGGGUUCUUGUCACCGCUGGCACAGGCAGAUAUGCAGACACAGCAGCAGGGGAUAGGCAUUGGUUUGGGUUCUUAUGAGACGGGAAUGGGUAUGGGUAUGGGCAGUCGUGACGUCGGAGUGCCGGGAUCGGGGAUCUUGCCCGUCCCGGCGAGGUUGCAGGCGCUCGAUCCGAUGCGGUACUCGCUGGCCAAGACGAGGGAGGUGGCGGGGAAUGUGUGUCGAGCCAUGGAGUUUCUGCUGGCCGAAACGUGUGUGCAGCCGGAUCUGAUGUUGCAUAUGCUUCUGGUAGUGGAACGGUUUUUCCGGGAGAACGGGGACAUGGGGAUGAAUAUGGGCCUGGUUAUUGUGGAUGGAGGGCUCGAGUUGAUGUGGUGCGAGGGGUUCAGGGCGAGGUUGGUAGCCAGGGCCAGGGAGAUGCAGGCGGUUGGUCCGGGGAGGCGGUGGGUGGAUUUGGCUUCUUUCUGA